AUGGUAGCCAAGAAACUAGUCACCGUUGUUGGCGCCACUGGCGCGCAGGGAGGCUCAGUUGUUGAUUACCUGCUCAAGAACAAAUCUCAAGAAUAUGCCAUCCGUGCCCCAACUAGGUCGCCGCAGAGCGCAGCAGCAAAAGCACUUUCCGCUCGUGGCGUUGAAGUAGUUCGGGCGGAGUUGACCGACGUUGCGGCUCUCAAAGCAGCAUUUGCUGGAUCAUAUGCUAUUUUCGCAGUUACAAACUUCUGGGGCCUCUUUUCAGAGACUCAGAAACAAUCACCAGGGGAGAAGGACGUUAGCUUAUUGGCAAAUAAAGCCGCAGCUAUUGAGACCCAGAUAGGCAUGAACAUGGUGGAUGCAGCAGUAGCUACCGAUACACUACAGCAUUACCUGUUGUCAACUCUCGCAGACGCAUAUACAAUCAGUGGUGGCAGGAGCCAGCCUCCCCAUUACGAAUCCAAGGCCAAAGUCACUCGAUAUAUCCAUUCCAAGCCAGAGUUGCUGGCAAAGACUACUUUUGUGUGGUGUUCCUACUACGCUACAAAUUUUGCCGGCCUUGCUCAGCCUAUUCAUGUCCCUGCUAUUGGUCAAUACAUCCAGAUACAAGUCACUCCAUCCGACCAACCGAUUGCCUGCAUUGGAGACACCCGCGCUAAUUUUGGCACCUUUGUGGAAGCAGCCCUUGCUCAGCCGGAUAAGACUCGUGGUGGACAGACUGUGUUUGCAUUUGUGGAGCGUACGACUCUGGGAGGCCUGCUACAGAUAUGGGCGGAAGCACACCAUGUCAAGGCAACAUACGUCCAGAUAUCUCGAGAUACUUUUUUCUCUACGUGGACCAUGGAGGCCCAGGAGUUUACGCUCGGAAUGGAAUUUUGGGAUAUGGUUCGGGAGAAGGAGUGGACUGGUAAAGACAACUUUAUCACGUAUUCUGAUCUAGGCAUAGACAUUACGGCGUCGAAGAGUGUCAGGGAUUCGUUUGAAGAGCUGGAGAUCUAA